AUGUACGUACUGCCAUUGAUGUGGCUGCGCACCAUUAUGGAGUACCAGUACAAGAAUGGCCAGGGCAUGCGGACAGUCGCCACCACUCUCUACCGAGAGGGUGGAGUUGCGAGAUUCUACCGGGGUUUAAUGCCAGCGCUGAUCCUGGCUCCGACAGCUAGGUUUGGGGAUACCGCAGCAAACGAGCUUGCGCUCUCUAGCUUGUCAAAAGUCGAAAUGAGCUUGGCGUUGAAGACUCUUUGUGCCUCUGUGACGGCUGCCGCCUUUCGUGUGAUCAUUCUGCCACUGGAUGCCUGGAAGGUGAACAAGCAGGUGCAUGGCAAGGCUGGCCUGGAACAUCUUCUGAGAAAGGCGAAGGCAAGCCCGCUGUCUCUCUGGCAUGGUGGCAUGGGCGUGCUGGUCACAGGAGGUUUCGGACAUUACCCGUGGUUCUACACCAACAAUCUUCUUCGUGAGAUUCUUCCUCCCUUCGAGAUGAGGUAUGGGAAGCAUGUGCGGCAUGCCUUCAUCGGAUUCACCUCAUCUGUGGUGGCGGAUGCAAUAUGCAACCCCAUCCGAGUUCUGAAGGUGAACCGACAGACAUCACUGACCCGCAUCAGUUACUUGGACGCAGCGCAAGGCAUCAUCCAGAAGGAGGGCGUGAUGGGACUCUGGUCCCGUGGUCUUAAGACUCGUAUUCUGGCCAACGGAGUGCAGGGCUCGCUGUUCACUGUGGGCUGGAGAUAUUUCUCUGAGCUUUUCAGUGGGCGGGCAGUGGAGGAGAUGGAGAUGACGAUGAAGGACGGAGCAUCACCAGCGAAGCGCAGGCCGCUGCCUGCCGAGCUUGGCGGCCCCGUGGCCCUGACACCCAUGACACCCACAGGCUUGGCCAGCGCCAAGGAGAGUGCCAACGAGAAGGGCAAAAGCAAAGCGGGGGAUUCCAAGAGAGGCAAGCGAGGGCCUCCUGGCUUGCUUGUGCCCGCGGAGUCGGAAGUUGCUGCCAGCAUGCGGGAAGUGAGGGGGAUCAGUGACGACGAUUCCGACGCCCCUCUGGCAAAGAUGAUCAAGAAGCGCCGUGCAACAGCGCCGGCCAGGUUGACCCCGGCGAAGGCCAAGCAGGCCAAGUCACGGGCGACCCCAGGGGCGACCCCAGGGGCGACCCCGGCAGCGACGCCAGUGAAAUCGACUGCAAAAGCCCGCGAGUCCAAAGCUACCGGCCGGUCCAAGCGCACGAUCGUGGUCUCACAGGAGGAUGCGAAUCCCUCGAAGAAGCCUCGAAAGGAUCCUACGAAGAAAGCCAAGGUCGCAAGGCUGAAAGAUUCGGCCUUUGCCAACCCUGCGGAAGCAGCUGUGGCCGCGGCGAAUGGGCGGCCAGUCUUUGCCACCACAGGACUUGAGCUCAGCGGCAGGCAGAAGCAGUUCCUGCUUGAUCUGCAGGGAUUACUUGUUGAAGACUGGAGUCCUCAUGUGUCGCACCUGAUCGCAGAUACGUUUCGAAGGACAACCAAGAUGAUGUGCGCUAUCUGCAAUGGCGCACACAUCCUCUCCACACAAUACGUGAAGGCCUGCCGCGAGGCUGGCCGGCUCGUCGAUGAAGCCGCCUUUGUGCUGAAGGACGAACUGUGCGAAGCUGCAUUUGCUCGGAAGCGCGGAAUCUCAGAAGGAUACUCCUUGGCAGCAGCGCUCCAGCGUGCACGUGACAACGGCCCUCUGCUGCGGGGAAUAUCAGUCUACUGCUUUCCUUCCGUCGGGGAGAAGCGGGAACUGCCAAUGCUGGUUGCUGCUGCUGGAGGAACAUGGUUGAAACGCUUCCCUCUACAGCCAGCUUGCCCGUCUGUGCUGCUGCUGGCCGAGCGCUGUGUCAGCAGUGAGAGGGAGCAGCAGCGCCGACGGGUCUACGAGGUCUACGAUGUGGAACUCCUGCGUGAGGCUGCAUGUACGCAGGAACUUCGACGGGCAGCAUAUCGACUUCAGUGA